AUGGUUUGGACGACUUCCGGGAAGGUUGACGUUGACCAGGACGCCACGCAGACCUGGAUGAACCGAUUUCUGCCUCCAAACGAUGCAACCACUUUCUGUCUGUCCAUUGAGGAGUUGAAAGAGCCUGGGAGGGUGAUCGGUUCAAUUGGCUGCCACGACAGUGAUCCGGUACCAGAAGUUGGCUAUAUGCUCCGAACUGAGUGCUGGGGGAAAGGGUACGCAACUGAAGCGAUGAAAUACUGGCUCCAGGCAUGGUGGAAAUUGCCUCGCAGAGCCGUCGAAGUCAAGCUGGAUCCAAAUGACCGUGGAAGCACGGCUGUGGUGCCUGAGGUACUGAAGGCCGAUGUAGUAGUCACCAACCAUGCCAGCAAGAGAAUAUUGGAGAGGUUCGGAUUCAUCACUGUACACGAAGAAAUGGUAGACGACCAUACAGUAGACGGCGAAAAGAUCAAACUAAUCACGCUUGAGCUGCAACGACCCCAAUAA